GCCCACCCGACUGUGAAAUGGGGGCGGUGGCUUCUAACUCUUGGCUGAGAUCCGGGUCUACGCCCCCUCCUCCGGCUGCACGCCCUCCCUCCCUUCUUUCUCCUCUUCCUCCCUGUUCUUCCUCAUCACCGUUGUGAGCAGCGCGGUGAUCUGGACUUAGGGAGUCCCCGGGUUUCCAUCAGUGCAUUGUGCGUCAUGGAUAGAACAGGGUGAGGGCUCAGGGGGUAAGGCGAUCUCAGCUGCGGGGCACCCUGGAGAAAAGGGUGACCACAUGGUCCCCACCCCUGAGCUGCAAUCAGCUCCCACCACACAGGCUACAACCCUGUCUGGCCGCUCCCAUCGCAGCUUGCUUCCAGCAUUCCGGGGCUCUUAUCCCGCGCUCGGUCUCCCAGGAGCAUCCUGCAUCCCUUAACCCUGUGAGAAUCCUGCUUCUGACAUCCCGAGGCCGGGCAUGUAGUAGCGGCGGUAGCUGCGGAAUAUGGGCGGGAACCACUCCCACAAGCCCCCGGUGUUUGACGAGAACGAAGAAGUCAACUUUGACCACUUCCAGAUCCUGCGGGCCAUCGGGAAAGGGAGUUUCGGGAAGGUAUGCAUCGUGCAGAAGCGAGACACGAAGAAGAUGUAUGCGAUGAAAUACAUGAACAAACAGAAGUGCGUGGAGAGGGAUGAGGUGCGGAACGUGUUCCGGGAGCUGCAGAUCAUGCAGGGAUUGGAGCACCCAUUCCUGGUGAACCUGUGGAAAUUCUGUGGCUCAGUACUCUUAUGGUCACCAGGUGCUGAGGUGGAUACAGCGCUAGAACUGAGCACAAUCAUCACCUCUAUCCCACAGCUGGCAGAGGACAGAAGUCAGGCAGCACCACAUAGCCCUUUCCUGUGCCAUACUGACUACUCACUCUCCCUGGCAUCCCCACCAUUACUAAAGCAAGACAUCAAACCAGACAACAUCUUGCUGGAUGAGCAUGGGCACGUGCACAUCACGGACUUCAACAUCGCCACAGUUGUGAAAGGAGCGGAGAAGGCUUCCUCCAUGGCCGGCACCAAACCCUACAUGGCCCCAGAAGUCUUCCAGGUGUAUGUGGAUGGAGGGCCCGGGUAUUCAUAUCCCGUGGACUGGUGGUCCCUGGGUGUCACGGCCUAUGAGCUGCUACGAGGCUGGAGACCGUAUGAAAUCCACUCGGCCACACCCAUUGAUGAGAUCCUCAACAUGUUCAAGGUGGAGCGUGUCCACUACUCCUCCAUGUGGUGCGAGGGGAUGGUGACCCUGCUGAAGAAGCUGCUGACCAAGGACCCCGAGAGCCGCCUGUCCAGCCUCAGUGACAUCCAGAAUAUGGCCUACAUGGCUGACAUGAACUGGGAUGCAGUGUUCGAGAAGGCUCUGAUGCCCGGCUUUGUGCCCAAUAAAGGGAGACUGAACUGUGACCCCACGUUUGAACUUGAAGAAAUGAUUCUAGAAUCCAAGCCGCUUCACAAAAAAAAGAAGAGGUUGGCCAAGCAUAGGUCCAGAGACAGCACAAAGGACAGCUGUCCCCUGAAUGGACACCUGCAGCAGUGUUUGGAGACAGUGCGGAAAGAAUUUAUCAUAUUCAAUCGAGAGAAGCUCAGGAGACAGCAAGGCCACGAUGACCAACUCUCAGACCUGGAAGGCCGAGUAGGCAGCCAGGUUUCCAGCAAGCUGCAGGAUGGUCGAAACAACAAUAUCCUGACCCAUACUUGCACCCGGGGCUGCAGCAGUUAGACUCUUCUGGCCAGAUGGCACCCUAUCUGCCCUGACACCCCGAAUCCCUCCUCUAUGCCCUGUUGGCCCCCAUCUCACCCCUUAAACAUCAGAUGCAGAGAGAGCUCUGUACUCAGAUCUGGGGAGCCUGGGCUCUGGUCCCUGCUUCCAACUGAUUCGCUGUGUGACCUUGGUCAAGUCACACCUUCUCUGUGCCUCAGUUUUCUGCAUCUCUGGAAGGGGUUAAACAGUGUUCUGUCCUGUCUCCAAUCAUGAUGUUGUAAGAAUCCGAUUGGACUGCAGAUAUCCAAACUCUCGGGCAUUGAUAAAAGUGUUUAUACAUGUAAACUUAUCUCAACAUUUGAAGUGUCUGUCCUCCUACCCCCCAAAACAAUUUUAACCAUGAGAACUUUGCAAUUUGGCCCAUUCUAGCUUGUUAGAUGGUACUCUCAUCAAUAUAAAUAGCUGGCAUGUUUGCCCCUCCUAUGGGACUCCAGGUCUCAAAACAGCCAGGAAGAGUAAUCCACCGACUUCCUGGUCUUCUGGAAUGGUGCAGCAUACAGACCAAGCCCAGGGGUUCCAUGCUGCAGGCGUGCCUCUCCCUGACUUGUGGAAGCCUCCCCCAACCUUGGGAUUUCAGCAAUCACCAGCUCUUGCCAUACCACAUAGUUCCCAUGCUGGACGGCACUCAGGUGCAUCUCUGGUCAUUUCUCCCUGCCACAGAGUGUUGUGGGAUCCCAGAGAUGACUCAUCCUGCCUCAGAACCGCAGCCCCCAGGGUCCUUCCAGGUUUUCCUUCCCAGGGAUAAACAACAGGCCAGCUGUUCUGUAAUUCAAAGGCUGCUAGACUGGGGAGAUGGAGCCUCCGUGAAGUCUCUGCUUAGUCCGUUGUACAUGGAAGCAGGAUCACUCGAGAAGCAAAGUAUUUUAUUACCUGGCCAGGGAUCUGUUCACGCUGGAGCUGAGGAUGCUGAGGCAAAAAAAGCUGGGGCUUUGCAGCCAAUUGGCAGCAGCUGCCAAGACUGGAAGACCUCUGCAAGUCACGUGAUUGCUCAAGGGGCUGUUUCCUCGCUUACAGACAAGAAGGAGAAGGUUGGCCUUUCAGAGUUGUUACAGGCCUUGAUAAAGAUCCCAUGUGUCACACAGGGAUGACUGACAGCCAACAGCCACCUGUCAUCACUCUCAUCUUCCUCCUCAUCUUCCCAUCAUCAGCAUCAUCUUCUCCUUCAUCCUCCUCGUUAUCUUCUUCAUCAUCAUCAACCUCCGCCUCCUCCACUGGAGGUGCUUUUGACAACGAGGCAGGUCUGUUUUCUGUGGACCAAGGAUCCUCCAAGUUUACAUUUGGUUUUCUUUUCCUACCUGGAGCCUCUGAGGUCUGGACAUCCUUGGUGAGAAGAACCAUUUUCGCUUUCACAUCCAUUUCUGUUUUCUAUGUAUCCACUGUGAGUUGUGUCUGUCAGUGUCAUCUCUUAGAUUUUGUGAGAGAACUUUUAAUGUAUGGUAAGGUUUUAUGCUUUUCUUCAAAUGACAAUAUUGUACCCCAACCCCCUUAACGGAGUCUCCUUGCAUCUCUCUCCUGCCCACUCCAUGUCUCCAGGCCCCGUCUGCCCUUUCUGCCCUCCACGGUGUCCCAGCUGCUUUUCUCUACACUGUGACCUGGAAGUUUUACAAUUUCUUGUUGGGAUGAGCUCACGAAUGAGAGGCAGGGGUGGAAUUCGCAGGGUGGGGAACCCUGAUUUCUUGGCUCUGUGUAAGUCCACGUACCUUGUUUGGAAUAAAUAAUCACUCAGACA